CGCCUCAAUGCCACUGUACCAGUUGAUAUUUCAACGUUAUCGUUUAACGUCCGACCGCCACUGGUCGCGAAACUCGAUAACAUUGUGCUAGGGCAAGACAGCUUGGACUGGCACAGAAGAUUUUCUUGUGCGAUGGACGACGUUCUUGUUUUCGAGUUAGGAUGCUCGGAGAAUGAACCAAGCGGUAGCUGCGAUAUAGAAUGGUGGCAGGCUCACAAGGAGACUGCACCGGGUCAGUGCUUUACC